GUUAGGAGCACGCCAUGUUUUAAUUGCGAAUACGCAGGCAGUGAUUUCUAAAGAAAAUACAAAACUAAUAAGAAUUAUUAUAAAUAUAUUCGAUAAUAUACAAAUAUUCGUGUUAAUUUUUAAGUUAAAUUUAAAUAAUCAAGUGCAUGAAAUUCGCGAACCUCAAGAAACACCGCUAAGAGCGCAAUAACGCGAAUUCAAGAAGAAGAAAGCCCUGUAGUCAGAGAGUAAAAUAAAUAUCUAUUUACAUAUAAAAAAAAAUCACCCAGUACACGAAAAUGAUACAAAUGAAACAAAGUAAAAACGCCAAAAAUGAAAUUGUGGUGAUUGAGAAGAAACCAAAGUUGUUGCAGUCAGCCACAACAAACAGCUCGUCGAUUAUUACAUAUAGUCCGAGCAAAUUUAUUGCCAGGGCUGGCACACAAUACACAAAACUACAACCACACACACAGCCAAAGGCAAACACAAACACACACACGAACACAAACAUAACUCGUGCGGCAGCUCCAGCAUCAACAACUGCAAUUACAACAACAACGAAGAUGCCAGGAACGUCUUCAAAUACAACAAACACAUCAUUCUAUGUGGUCAAAGCCGGCCAAUUGGGAAGCGCCGCGUCCAUUUUGAGUUCGCCACCUAAAACCGCAUCAGCGUCAGGAGUGGCGACACCGCUUCCGAUUACAACAGAGAGUUCCAGCACAAUCUCCGUGCCCAGUGAGGCAUCCAUGGAACAUGCUUACAUGCGCGAUGCUCCACGUGCGGACACCUCUUCCAUAGGCAAUGGAUUAGCUGUGGCUCGCACUAUUCUUGUGAGGCAUGCGCCGCAAUGUCCCACGUGCCACACGUAUCCCAAUCAUGAGGACUCUAGCGAUUCACAACAUAUUGCGCAUGUACCGCCAUACGAUGAAAUUGCGGCGAAGGAGAUGAUGAACGAGUGUGCACGCAUUGCCAAAUAUGUGAGAAACAAUAAUUCUGACGAACAGGAUUGGCAAGCACGUGUAAAUCGUAUUGGCUGGACGUAUACGCAAGAGGCACUGUUCAAUAAGGUGGCCACAAUACUAGACCAGGAUCAGUUGGCGCGGCUUGCCAAUGAUAAGCGUCAACAUGAGGCAGUGCAUCGUCGUGUGGCCGUCGACAAAUCCAGUUCUAGAAUGCGGCGUGCUUUGGCAAGUGUUGCAUGGGAGUCACGUACCACACAGUGGUUGCACGCUCUACUCAUGGAGCAUCUGCCGCCCUCGUAUAUGGCAUCGUAUUUGGAUAUUAUGCAAACGCUGAAGAGCAAGCUGCCCACGUUGACGGACAAAAUGUUAUUUAGUCGACCACUUAACAAUAGCCAAGAGUUGCUGGCGCCUGUAAUGAAGAAGCGCUGGGAACCGGAGAUAUUGGCCAAGUCGCGGCAUUUAUCGCAUAAUGCCAUUAUGGUGGCACUGCCAACGAUGCCCACCAGCGGCCCAGUGCCAGAUCGCAUGCAAAAUUGGUACCAGGCCUUAGCAACCAUCACACAAAUUGUGCAGAUUACGUUGCCCAAUUCAAACGACCGCAUUGGUCGCCAGAAUCUGGAUCAGGUGGCUGAGACUAUUGUGUCCCUGACACGUGUUCGCAUCCACGAACUACGCACUGAGAAUCCCAAUCGCGGCAUUAUUCUGAUUGGCUUCAAUGCAGGCGCAGCGUUGGCACUGCAAGUGGCCAUGUCAGAGAGCGUGGCGUGUGUCAUUUGUAUGGGUUUUGCUUACAACACAUUGCGUGGACCAAGAGGAGCACCUGACGACCGUCUGCUGGACAUAAAGGCGCCGAUUCUCUUUGUGAUUGGUCAGAACUCGGCACGCAGCAGUCAAGAGGAAAUGGAGGGACUGCGCGAGCGCAUGCAGUCGGAGUCAUCACUGGUGGUCGUUGGCAGUGCCGAUGACGCGUUGCGUGUGCCCAAGAGCAAGAGACGGAUCGAAGGUGUCACCCAGGCCAUGGUGGACUCCAUGGUGGUGGACGAAGUAUACGAGUUUAUUAGCAAGACAUUGAACAAUCCUCCGGGUCCACGCAUGCCUACCUCACUUUUGGGCAGUAAUUCGUAUCAGCGCACACCGAAACAACAGCAUAUUCUUGCCGAUGGCAAUGUAAACAAGGCGCAGAUGACACAUUCGCGCAAGCGUAAGGCGCAAGACGGCCAGGAGGAUAACGGCGUACCAACAACUAAACCCAAAUUCGUGCCUCACAAUGUGCGUGUGCCAAAGUUACCCAAACCAAAGCCAUCGCGCCUCAUCGAUCCAUUUGCAGUCAAGCGAAAGGUUGGACGCCCUCGGACACGCCCGUUGCCCAACGUUGUUCUCACUGGCGUUAAAGUCAACACAACAGAUAAAACUACGCUUAACAACGAGGAGAUGAAUCUUUCAAUUGAAAAUAUGCUAGAGGAAACGCUUGAAUAUGAAGAUGGUCAGCAAUCAGUUGCUGCCACAAAUGUUCCAAAGACACCACAGAAUGUGACCAAAGCGGCGCCUACAACUGUUUCUCUAUCGUCAGGCACGAAGAUCAAGAUGAUACCCUCGAGCCAAUUUGUACAAUUGAAAACACUGUCGUCGCAGAGUAAGCUAAUCAAUUACACCAUUAGCAAAAACACCAACGCUUCCUCAGCAGCACCAACACCGACAAGUAUUGGAAGCAUUGUAAAAACAUUGCCAGCCUCCAGUGGACAGCAAAUCUUCACACUUAAGACGCCCACGGGACAAACAACACAGUUCGUAACUGCUGCCGCUGCACCAUCAUCGACGACGCAGCAAAAAUAUACAGUGAUUAAAAAUUCCAGUGGCUUAGCGAUGUUGCAGCUCACGAAGAAUGUGUCUGCGCCACAACAGAAUGUAGUCGGCAAUGUGGAUCUCUCGAAUAUAAUUGAUAUGCCGAUUUUGUUUGCGGACAAUGAAGGCAACAUUGCCGAUCAGCAACAGCAGCAGCAGCUGCAACCACAACCCGAUCAGCUAUUGAAAACGACAUCAACGGGCAGCCCGUUAAUUCUGAGUCAUAAGAUCAUCAAAGAAGCCACUAAUCCAGUGAAGCCCACGGGCGUUAUCAGCACCGCAAAGAGCAGCAAUAUUGUGAUCAACAAGGGCAUACAACAGCUAUUUACCACACAAAGUGGCACUGUGAGCGGCGGCACUGGGAACAAGGUUGUCUACAUCAAUCGAAGCACCAUGAAGCCAAUGGCGUCAACGACAUCAUCAACAACUCCAACACGGCUGCCAAGUGGUGCCACAGCGUUGCCCAUACGCAUUGUGAGCAGUCCUAAGGCGGCUGUGACAGCGGCUGGAACGCCCACAACGAGCAGCCAAGUUGUGCUGGAUGCAGCCAAUGUCAAGACGCUGAACCUGCAAACAAUCAAGACGGCAUCUGGAACGGCAGUGAUUAAUGCCGCAACUGGUGGUGCACUGCGUCAGACAGGCGGUGUCGUUAGUCUGGGUAACAAAACGUUUCCACAGUUUCAGGUGAUCAACAGCUCUGUGGCAUCCACAGCGAUUGGCAGUGAUGGCAAGCCAUUGCGCAACAUUUACCUAAAAUCUGCAACUGGUCUUAAACCUGUGCAAAUGUUGGCUAAUCGAUCAACCACUAUACCGGCUAUAGCACCUGGUGGUGCGGCUGUUCGUCGUGUGGUUAGUAUCGGCUCUGUGUCCAAGUCCCCUACUGUAACUGUUGCCGCACAGCAAGCUAAAGAUUCAAAGAUCAUUAAGGCAACGCCGACGACGUCAUCAACCACAAUACGAACGCCAACACAGGGAAAGGGCUUGGAGUAAAAGCUGCUGUUUGUUUUUAAGUAAUAAUUAAGCUAUGCAUUAAAAUGUACUUGGACUAUGAAAUCUUCAACUAUGCCAUAAGAUACAUUAUUUGAGUUGUGUAAAUAAAAUAUGUUGAAUCUUUGAUACAUCUGCAAACAAA